GCCGAGAGAGCAUGCUAACGGUAUCGGGGAUCGCAGGACGAAAGAGAGCGAGUCGGGAAGAGAGUGUCGCAAAGGGUGCGGUGUAGAGUGAGGCGAUACAGUGGCACCUCUUUAACUUAAACUUCCUAACUUAACUGGAAAUUAAAAGGGAUGCAGUGAACGAGUAGGCUUUAUAAAACCCAAAGUUUACCCAUGGCAGUUCCAACUCAAGGCUUGACUGUAGCUGCCAUGGCAAUAGUUGAGUGAGCGAGACCACUGUCUGCCUGGCCCUGGGUCAGAAGUGGGUGGAAACGGGUGGCAUGGGAUGACGACAUGUGUGCGCGUGACCUUUUGACUCUUUCGUGAGCACUGCAAAAAAAAGGUGCGAAUUGGCAUGGCGUGCGAGAAACCACAGUGGAACAUGGCCAAUACGACCAACUGCAGUUAAGUUUACUUACAGAGCUUGCCAUUUAGUUUUUCUUGGAAAUAAAAACUAUUGAGCAAAUAUGAAAAAACUAUGAAAUAACAACAGAAAUAAAGUUUAAUUGGGCUCGUUAAAUUAGUUUUUCCCCGUGUACAUUUAUUACAAAUGACCUAAUGCCUAAUUAAGCAAUUCAGUUUUCAAACAUGUCAGGUUUUUUCCACUCUACUAUAAAAACCUAACCAUUAUUAUUAACCAAUAUGUUAUAACUCCAUGUUAGGGUGAAAUGUCCUUUAAAGUUGAGAUAUCCGUCUUACACUCUGGAAAUUCUCCAUGCAAAUCACUGGAAAUGAUGCCAUUUCCACGACGAUCGCUCUCGGACAGCCGUCUGUCUCUGUCGCACUUAGUUCAUUGAACCGAAACAUCCGCUAGUUUAGUCCAAGCAACAGCCGAUGUCUGUCCCUCUCUCACUCUCUCCACAGCCGUCCCCUCGCAGCCUCUGGCUUGCUGCCCUUACAGCGUUGCCAUGUAAAUGCGCGACGAGCGCCGGCUUAGGGGGUGGCAAUGCCGUGCGUUUAGCGGUGGCAAGUUCGGCUUGUACAUAGAAGCCACCGUUCUGCGCGUUUCGUUUCGCAAAGGAAAUAUUACAACUUGCUUGGCCAAGGGUGGGUCUGCCCAUUGCUCACUUUUAGUGUUUUACAUUUUCCGAAGGGGUGCGAGUUGAUUUCUCGCAUGUCCUGGCCGCUUGGCUUAACCCUCCGCCUGCCACUGCCGCAUUACAUAACUGGGCGGGGUGCAGAGAAAUAGAGAGAGAGCGCUGUAACAGUUUGCCGACAAGGAAACGGUUGAGAGCGAGAGAGGGUGGGGGUGGAAGAGAGAGCCAGAGCGCAAAGCCUGGCCAGAAAGUCCUGUGCUCGCCUCAGAAGCAUCCUGUGCCUGUGACGCAGCGGAUCUGUCUCGCUUUCGCUCUGCAACCACUAACUUAACCGUAGUUUAUCAGUUCCAAAGCAGUGACAACGGAUAAAUUUUAGAAGCGCACCGCAAAACGAAAGCAACAACAACAAAAAGCACUCAAAUCACCGACCGAGCGAAAGCAAAAAUUAACUAAAGUUCAGUUCUUCCAGUGACGAAGUGGACUUUAUGAUGGCAAACACCGGAGCCGGCGGCGGAGUGGACACACAGGCGCAGCUCAUGCAGAGUGCAGCGGCAGCCGCUGCGGUGGCGGCGACGAAUGCGGCCGCCGCCCCCGUACAGAACGCGGCCGCCGUGGCCGCUGCCGCCCAACUGCAGCAGCAACAGGUGCAGCAGGCGAUCCUGCAGGUGCAGCAGCAGCAGACACAGCAGGCGGUGGCCGCGGCCGCAGCCGCCGUCACCCAGCAGCUCCAGCAGCAGCAGCAGGCCGUCGUGGCCCAACAGGCGGUGGUGCAGCAGCAACAGCAGCAACAGCAACAGCAGCAGCAGCAGGCGGCGGCGGUGGUGCAGCAGGCGGCGGUCCAGCAGGCGGUGGUGCCCCAGCCCCAGCAGGCGCAGCCCAACACCAACGGCAAUGCCGGUGCGGGAGCCCAGAACGGCAGCAACGGCAGCACGGAGACGCGCACAAAUCUCAUUGUCAACUACUUGCCGCAAACGAUGACCGAGGACGAGAUCCGCUCGCUCUUCUCCAGCGUCGGCGAGAUUGAGUCGGUGAAGCUGAUACGCGACAAGUCGCAGGUCUACAUCGAUCCGCUCAAUCCGCAGGCGCCCAGCAAGGGCCAGAGUCUGGGCUACGGCUUCGUCAACUACGUGCGACCCCAGGACGCCGAGCAGGCUGUCAAUGUGCUGAACGGCCUGCGGCUGCAGAACAAGACCAUCAAGGUGUCGUUCGCCCGCCCCUCGUCGGAUGCCAUCAAGGGCGCCAAUCUGUACGUGUCGGGGCUGCCGAAGACGAUGACCCAGCAGGAACUGGAGGCCAUCUUCGCCCCAUUCGGCGCCAUCAUCACGUCGCGCAUUCUGCAGAAUGCCGGCAACGAUACGCAGACCAAGGGCGUGGGCUUCAUACGGUUCGAUAAGCGGGAGGAGGCGACCAGGGCCAUAAUUGCCCUGAACGGCACCACGCCAUCCAGCUGCACGGACCCCAUCGUGGUGAAGUUCUCCAAUACGCCCGGCAGCACCAGCAAGAUCAUUCAGCCGCAGCUGCCCGCAUUCCUCAAUCCCCAGCUGGUGCGACGCAUCGGCGGCGCCAUGCACACCCCCGUGAACAAGGGACUGGCCCGGUUUUCGCCCAUGGCCGGCGACAUGCUGGACGUGAUGCUGCCCAACGGCCUGGGCGCGGCGGCGGCGGCGGCCACGACGCUGGCCAGCGGACCAGGCGGUGCGUAUCCCAUUUUCAUCUACAAUCUGGCGCCCGAGACGGAGGAGGCUGCGCUGUGGCAGCUGUUCGGGCCCUUUGGGGCUGUGCAAUCGGUGAAGAUCGUCAAGGAUCCCACAACGAACCAGUGCAAGGGCUACGGCUUCGUCUCGAUGACCAACUACGACGAGGCGGCCAUGGCCAUUCGGGCGCUCAACGGCUACACCAUGGGCAACCGCGUGCUGCAGGUCAGCUUUAAGACCAACAAGGCCAAGUAGAGCGGCCCGAGUGGAGGCAGUGGAUAGAGAUGCAGCGGCGGAGGCAGCAGCAGCACCACCCGAACCAUUAUCCUGAAUCUAAACAUCCUGACACACACCACACACACAACACACAUAUAUAAAUAUGCAUGGUAUAACGGUAACUAAGCGCAACAAAACAGUAUGUGUAAAACACACACGAACAAAACAAAGGAAACAAGAAAGUAUCAGGCAGGAGAAAGUACUCUCUCUCCACAAGACGAGACAACGAAACGGCGUGAACCCUCCCCCAUCCUCCACCCCCAUGAAACGAGCAACCCUUUUAACUACGUAAAAUCCAGGUCCAAAUCCCCAAAAACCGCCGGCCAAAAGCGUUGCAAUAGCAAAAUUCUUCUUGUUUAGCAUUUAAGUAACAAAUCAUUAACUAAACGAAGCAAAGAAAGGAGCUGCCUGUAGUAGAGAGCGAGGGAGAGUAGAAGCGAAAGCAGAGGAGCAGGGAGUGAGAUGAACAAUGAGAUUAUAAGGAACAAUUGCAAUAUGAACCACACACUAUGGCAGCUGUGGAAGGUCAGAGGUUGCCGCAGUCAAAUUAGUCGCAAAGCAAAACAAAGAAAUCAACCAAACACACACAAAACAAAAAAACAAAAGAGAAACUAUGACAAAUUUAACUUUACUAGCAAAAAGAAAAUGAGAAAUUUUAAAAAUUUAUUAACCUUAAGUAAAACGCAGCAAUGAAAUCUUCCAAACAAAAGAAAAACAAGAAAUCUGUUAGUUACACUCCAACUUUUUCUACCAUAAACUUCAAAACUUGAUACUAAAGCGAGUAAAACAAAAGCAGCAUUAAGAAUUAGAGGAGUUCGGUGUCUAGGAUUUACAUACGGUGCUCGCAAGGACAUGCGUCUGGCCUGAUCGAAGCGGGCGAAGAGGGGCGAAAGUAUUCGAGGGGUGAUCGAAGGAUCGAGCAUAUAUAGUAGAUAUAUACAUAACAUGGAGGCUGCUACAGUAUUACAAGAAACCUAGAAACAAAAACCAAGCUACACACUUAACGAACGAACGGCGAGCACGGGCACGUUUAAUAAUUCUAAAUAUAUAUCCAUAUGUAUAUAUGCGAUAAUUCUAUAUCUACCUAGAUAUACACUUAAAUAUAGAAAUUUAAAGAAUUUUUUAUGUUUUGUGUGCAUGUUUUCUACACUUAGAGAACGAAAGCCCCACUGGAUCAGGCCAGACUCGCGUCCUUUGAGCACGACUACACGCAGUGAAAGCUGUAAAAAUAUAUAGAAACCAUAUAGCAUGAUCGAGCGAAGUUAGCGAACGGAAAACAAAAGUAAUACAAUAAUUUAUGCGCAAAUUUGAAACGUUUUACUAAAGUAAAUAAUUGUUAGUGAAUAUUAAUACUGUAAUUGUGCGCGUGAGCUCGCGAGUGGCGUACAGUACAUAGCUCGCUAUGUACGGACACCUGCUGGCGCAGACACACCUUAUACACUUUAUAUAAUGUAUAGUUCAAGGAGCAAGUAAGCAUGGCCCACAGAGAGGGGCAGACACUUGCUAAACCCAACAUUUUAGCGUUUAAACAGCGUAGCACAAACAAUUACUAAACCAAGAGAAGUCAGGCAGAACAACCAUUUUUUAUAAGACAACCGUUUGAGACAAAGUAAAGCCCUCAGAAGCAAAAACGAGAGUGGAAAAUAUGAAUGAGGGGCGUGAACAGAGCAUUAGCAAAGCGAUUUCCCUAGCCAAGUAAGUUGACGAAGGACGAAGGAUAGGGGAACGAGGGCUGCCCACAGACGAGGAUAACCCCAGCACAUCCUACACAUAUGACAAACCCAUUACCCCGAGUCCGAACCCGAACUUUUGUGCAAUUUUGCGUUGAUUUAUCAGUUAUCAGUUGAACUUCCGUAUGUUUCUUUGCUUCUUUUGAUUGUUAAACGAGAGAGUGAGACACACACCGAACAACACACAUAAUAUCUACAUAUAUGAUUUCGAUUUCGAUUCCGGAUUCUAUACUCUAUAUUCCGUAUUUGAAUUGAGUUUUGUUUGAUUUCUUUGUUUGCUUUGUAUACGAAUUGCGUUGAACAUAGGCUCCUGCAUCCAGUCCACACAACCAGUAACCAGUAACCAGUAAUCAGUCAGACCCAACCAUGCAUAUUUAUACGAAUGAUUUGUGUUUGAUUUGUUUAUAACUUGACCUGAGACGACGCACCCCAACCGAUCUUGAGUUCUCUCUCCGAAUAGCAUAAAUUCUAACCUAAGUUUCAACCAGCAUUGAACAGAACCCAAAAAGCGACGUAGAAAUUGAUUUACUUGAAUAUUAUUACGAUACCUAGCGCUACGUGUAAUCAGAUAUACAUAUAUUACCACGUAUAUAUAUAUAUCUCACUAAAUAUAAUUAUUUUUUUUGUAUAACUAUAGGCCAACAAAGAAAUCUUUUUUGUUUGAACAAAAUUCGCAACAAGAACUCUAGUCAGAAGAUGGAGAAGGAGAAGAUUACGAUGAGGAGAUGCAAGUUUUGAGGCGGCCGCACGUAGGGAGGAGAAGUAGAUCAAAACCAAAAGAACUAUGGCAAUUCUAGGCAAUAAAGCGAUUCGAUAGAUCGAGGCGGCCGGCCCUCCCCUUUCCAAAGAUUUAGCCCCUCGAAACCCCCGAGAGAAGAGGGGCGGCAAGCAGGGGCAAGCACCAAGUCGAAGCGGGGAAGCCCCCGACUCGACUUCCUGCUUCUCCGCAAGGAUUUGCAAUACAUUAUAUACAAUCUGCUAGUUUAUUUAUACCCACGUAGGUCACACUGUAGGACAGGAAGGCAGGGAGAAUCCUGUGGAGCGAGGAUUAUGUACUUGAUUUUGUUUAAUUUGUAUUUCUGUCAUCACACACCCACACACCACACACCACACACACACACACACACACACAUAUGUAUAUGUAUAUUCAAUAUUAAUUUAAUUAACUAAUCCUUUACUAUAUAUAUAUGCUUAUAUUUUUGUCAUCGAUGAUCUAAUUAAUUGUAUUAAUUCUAAUUCUUGUGCAAUAGUUUUAAAAUGCAACUAACGACAAGCAGCAGCAACAAAUUUUCAAGCAUCUCAAACUAUAAAUUACAAAUUAUAAUUUCGUUAAGUGAAGAGAACGAGAGCGAGAAACGAAAAAGGAAUCUAUUGCGAUUGUGUAACUUAAAAGUAUCAUUACUCUAUGAACCGCAAGCCACAGCAACUGCAAACAAUUAACAAAAUAUACAAUUAUUUUUUAAGCGAAUUCGAUAUGUACUUCUUCGCGUACACAUAUUUAUAUCUCAUCAUUUUUCUUUACUAUUAAGCAAGCGAAGAACCAAGAAACAAACCGAGUCGAAGCAAAAACAUUAUUUAUUGUAUUUUAUAAUUACGUAAUUUAAUUUAAUUCAAUUUGAAUUCAAUAUUCCUUUGGUUUUGAGCAAAGCGAAGAUGAACAAGAAGAUUCUGACGAAGAAUUAGUCUAAUUAUACACGCCACACGCGAGCAGAGAGAGAGGAAGCGAGUGUCUCUAUAAGAUCGGGAAUCUAUAACGUCCCAACUCUCUCUCCAAUCUCCCAGUCUCCCCUCCUCAAUAUCUCUCUAUUUACCCACCUAUGUUUGGUUUAAUUUUAAUUUUGUACCUUGUAUUUUAUUUCGUUUACAUUUUGAUUUCGUUUCAGCCACAGCCUUUAUGUUUCAGUUUUAGUUUUAAUUUAUGAUUUUACGCCACACCCAUUUGAUUGUCACAGCCCCUUGAACACGGCCCAGCGGUUUAGUUGAUAUCCUAGCUAUAUACGAUCUGUGUGUACGUUAACAUGUAAACCCGCGCGAGCCAAACGAUUCCUGUGAAUCCAGUCGAAUGAACAUUAUGAUUACGUUUAUUAUUAUUUAGUAUGGUUUAUUUCCCUUCUUGAUUUUGUGUUUUUUGCUUUUCGAUCUAAUUAUGCCACGCGUCGUGUUGGAAAAUUACGAUCCCUACAACUUAUGUUUACUCUUAUGAUUUCAUUUGAUUUCCGCACCAAACAAGUAAAAACAAGAAGAAAAACUUUAAUUUCAAUAAAAAACACUUGAUGAAAAUUAGCAUCAUUUUUAUUUAUUCGUUACUUUUUGGUUUUGUUUGUUUUUUAAACCGUAUGAUUUCUCUACCUUCAACUACAUGUUCUCCCAAUCCUGAAACCCCAGGACCACCUUCUCUAUCUCUCUCGCUCCCCCUUUGAACACUCGAAAACCAGACGGUCAUGGAAAGACAUAGGAAUCGAUCUAGUCAAGGCCCAUCCCCAGGGAUGGCGCCAUCGGAAUCAGUUGAUCUCAGCAAAACAGACAUUCCCUGUAGUCCAAGUUUUGGUUAGUACUCGUAACCCCGCGGAAAAACAACCCAAAGACAUGCAUUCCAGUUUUUGUUGCUCGGUUUAGAGACUCUGCCAGUUGCGAUAUUAUUUGUGUGCAAACGAGAAUACUUUUAAUUUGUGUAAUGCCAUUAUGUUUAGCGCUUAUGAUUACGAAUCUCAUAGUUUAGUUUAGCGGAGAAAGUACAGUCACCACCCCUCGAUUGCGUAUAUGUGGGGACAUGUCGCGACAUGUCCCGUGUAUGAUUUUGAACCUGUAUCUUUGUAUUGCUUCAUUGUGUGUAAUUUUUGUAAUUUUUAGAGCAAGUUAUCUAUCAUUUCGAUGGGCAGGGAGCAGGCGAUGCGUAACGCUAGCGUUAGCCAUACACAAAUGAUACCGCUAACGAUCAUUGACAGCCACAAGGAUAUAGAUACCUUUCUAUAUAUAUUAUUAUGAGUAACACGAUGGAGUCGACGGCGGCGAGGCGGAGGAAACUAUUUAAUUUAUUUUAUUAACAUAUUUAUAUCGAUUAAUUAAUUAAUUAAUAAUAUUUAUCACACAUUUCAAAUGAUAUUUCAAAAUGGAAAACAAUACAAAACAAAAAAAAAACGAAUACAAGCAAAUGAGAAAAGAUAUUAAUAUUAUAAAUGUAUUUCAAAAUAUA